AAAGGAUCAACAUAUCAGCUCAAGUCUGUAGUCCAUCCUGGUGGAGAGACGAAGAUAACGAUGAAAAACUGAACUAUGGGCUGGGAUGGCCUGACCUCCAGUGUAGCAGACCCAUAAUCUGGAGCCCACGAUGACUGCAGCGCUGAACGAAGUACUGAGGAAGACUCUGGACAACCUCUCGGGGGCCGACUUUAAGAGGUUUAAGUGCUACCUUCGGGAUGAGUACGGAAUGGCAUGGGGAAAGCUGGAGAAGGCCGACACAGAUGAUGCCGUGGACUUGAUGGUGCAGGUGCACAGCAUGGGGGCGGGGGCCGUCACGUUGACCAUCUUGCAGAAGAUGAACCACAACCAGCUGGCCGUGAACUUGGAGAGUGAUCUGGCAAAAUGUGGAGGUCAGCAGUGUUCCACAAGUCCGGCUGCAGGGGGUGGAGGGAUCAACAUGAACAUGUCUGGAGCACCUGCACCACAGCAAGCUGGAGACCAGCAGUGUUCUGCAGUGGGUGGAGGGAUCAAUAUGAACAUGUCUGGAGCACCUGUGUCACAGCAAGGUCAUGGCUCAGCACAGAAAGUUAAAAUACUGAAAGAGAAGCUUCAAACACACUUGAGAACCAAGUUUUCUGCUGUUCAUCAAGACACUGGAGUUAAAAAUGUAGAAGAUAUCUACACUGACCUUUACAUUGUUGAGGGCCGCACAGGUGGGGUCACCAAUGCACAUGAAGUGUCACCAAUUAACAUGAAUCAAAUUGGGAGAGGACCAAGCUCGGAAGAUAAGCAAGUUAACUUGGCAAACAUGUUCACUGACAGGUUUGCCACAAAAGUUUUGACUUUGGGGAUUGCUGGUGUGGGGAAAACGGUUGCAGUGCAGAAGUUUGUCACGGACUGGGCUAAUGGAGGAACAAAUCAAGACAUUGACUUUGUCUUUGUUCUUCUGUUUCGAAAGUUGAACUUGAUUAUGGAAAAAGAUUACACUUUUCUUGAACUCCUUCUUGCAUUUUACACGGAACUCAAAGAUUUGACAGAAUUGUCUGAAUUCGCAAACUGCAAAAUUAUUUUUGUCCUUGAUGGUAUGGAUGAAAGCAAGCUCCACCUAGACUUUGAAAAGUGUAUUAGUGAACUCAAUGAGAAGACUUCUGUGGACAUCCUCAUGACAAGUCUCAUUAAAGGAACAUUACUGAGUACUGCACACAUCUGGGUUACAACCAGACCAGCAGCAGCCAGUCUGAUCCCAGAUGAGUGCAUCAAUUUUGUGACAGAGGUGCGAGGAUUCAAUGAUGACCAGAAAGAUCAGUUCUUUCAGAAGAACAUAAACAAUAAAGAAAAAGCUGAGAAACUCAUUCUUUACAUCAAAAAGAAUAAAAGCCUUCACAUCAUGUGUCACAUACCGGUAUUCUGCCGUAUUAUAGCUAGUGUGGUAGAUGAAAUACUGGGAGAUCAGAGCAAAGAAAAAAAAGCCAAAACUUUGACGGAAAUGUACACACUGUAUACUUGCACUCAGUUGAAAAGAAUGAAUGAAUUCUUGGACAUUGACAUGAAGAUGAGUGCAAAAGAAAAAGGCCAGUUGCUUGUGAAACUUGGGAAACUGGCAUUCAAACAUCUGGAGAAAGGCGCCUUGAUAUUCUAUAAGCAUGACUUGAAAGCUUGUGGUAUUGAUGUCAGGGCUGGAGCAUUGCAGGCUGGAGUUUGUACACAGAUCUUCAAUGUUGAGGGUGCUGCAGCUGAAGAUAAUAUAUUCAGCUUUGUACAUCUAAGUGUACAGGAAUUCUUGGCAGCUCUUUACGUUCUUAACAAAAAUGCAACUUGUUAUUUGGGAAAUCGUCUCCCCAAAACAUGGAGGAAGACAAACCACUGGCUAUCUUCACCCUCAAGGUUUGACCUUUACAUGCUUGCUGUGGACAAGGCCUUACAGAGCCAGAAUGGACAUUUGGAUCUUUUUGUCCGCUUCCUCCUUGGCCUGGCUCCAAUGUUGGAGCCUCAAAUCAGGUCCCCCCUGAAUAAUGUGCUGCCACAGUUGGCUGUCAGAGAAACAUGUAUCAAGAACACAGUUCAAUACAUCAAAGAAGUCAUCAAGAGAGACGACUCACCAGAACGGACCAUCAACCUCUUCCACUGUUUGAAUGAGCUUGGGGACAACUCACUGAUUGAGGAGAUCAAUGGGUACAUAAACUCAGCAGAUGAGAAGAACCUGACUCCAGCCCAGUGCUCAGCUCUGGCUUAUCUGCUGCUCAUGUCAACUACAGACAUGGAGGAGUUUAAUCUGAAGAAGUACCUGAGAUCAGAGGAAGGGCUCCACAGAAUGCUCCCAGUAGUGAAUGUCACAAGGAGAGUUUGGCUGAAUCAUUGUCAACUCACUAAAGCGAGUGGUAAACUGUUAGCAUCAGUGCUACAGAGGACACCUUCCCAUCUGAGAGAGCUGGACAUGAGUAACAAUGGCCUGCAGGAUAAAGGUGUGAAACUGCUCUGCGUGGGACUAAGAUAUCCACAAUGCAAACUGGAGAUACUGAGACUUGCUGGUUGUAAGCUAACAGAGGAAUCCUGUAAGGCUGUAGCCUCUGCUAUGGAGUCACUGGUCUCCCUGAGAGAACUGGACCUGAGUGACAAUGACUUAAAGGAUUCUGGAGUUCAGCUUCUCGUUGCAAGACUAAGUAGCCCUCACUGUAAACUGCAGACUUUAAGACUUGCUGGUUGUAAGCUAACAGAGGAAUCCUGUAAGGCUGUAGCCUCUGCUAUGGAGACACUGGUCUCCCUGACAGAACUGGACCUGAGUCACAAUGACCUGAAGGAUUCUGGAGUUCAGCUUCUCGUUGCAAGACUAAGAAGCCAUCACUGUAAACUGCAGACUUUAAGACUUGCUGAUUGUAAGCUAACAGAGGAAUCCUGUAAGGCUGUAGCCUCUGCUAUGGAGACACUGGUCUCCCUGACAGAACUGGACCUGAGUCACAAUGACCUGAAGGAUUCUGGAGUUCAGCUUCUCGUUGCAAGACUAAGUAGCCCUCACUGUAAACUGCAGACUUUAAGACUGUCUGGUUGUCUCAUCACACAUGAGGGCUGUUCUCUUUUGAGUUCUGCCCUCAAAUCAAACCCCUCCUACCUCAAGCAACUGGAUCUGAGCUACAAUCACCCAGGAGACUCAGGUGUCAAACAGCUCACAGAGAGACUGAAUGAUCCCAACAGUAAACUAGAGACUUUCAUGUAUGACAGUGGAGGAAAGUGCAGGAUUAAACCAGGACCAAGAAAAUAUGCCUGUGAGCUCACGCUGGACCCAAACACAGUACGCAGAACUCUCUCUCUCUCUGAGGGGAACAGAAAGGUGACACAUGUGGAUCAGCAGCCGUAUCCUGACCACCCAGAGAGAUUUGACUACUACCCUCAGGUGCUGUGUAGAGAGGGUCUGACUGGACGCUGCUACUGGGAGGCUGUGUGGAGUGGUGGUGUGGUUGAGAUAGCAGUGGCCUAUAAGAGCACCCCGAGGAGAGAGGGGAGUGAGCAGAGCAGUGUGUUUGGAUCUAAUGCCAAGUCCUGGAGCCUGCACUGCUCUGGUAACAGUUACACUGCCAGGCACAAUAGUAAGGAGACUGCCAUACCUGUCCCCUCCUACCGCUCCAGCAGAGUAGGAGUGUACCUGGACUGGCCAGCAGGCACUCUGUCCUUCUACAGCGUCUCCUCUAACACACUCACCCACCUGCACACGGUCCACUCCACAUUCACUGAGCCCCUCUAUCCUGGGUUUUUUGUUUAUUCUGACUCCUCAGUGUCCCUGUGCCAGAUCACAUGACCUCCUAAUCCUGCAGCAGAGGAGAGCCACACACACUUAUUUACACACUCCUGUGUGUGUGUGUGUGUGUGUGUGUGUGUGUGUGUGUCUGUGUGUGUGCGUGCGUGCGUGCGUGUGUGUGUGUGUGUGUGUGUGUGUGUGUGUGUGUUGCCCCUGCUCCGCUGCUGUGUGUGUGUCUAUGGGAAGCCGU